GCGUUCGUACGCGCUUAGUUGCUGCGAUACUCGAUUCACGUGACGGCCGUCGAUCGAACGUGCCUUUCGAGUUUCAUCCCGCGCCUUCGAUCCUUUCGACGUGCGAAUAUUUACAUACCUAUACAUGUGAUGUGCGUGCGUGUCUUCCGUUCGUCCGACAACGAGAGCGAGUAACCUCGAGGAAGGAAUAAAAAAAAAAAAAGACGUGAAGAAAAGAGUCUGUUAUUUAUUACGUGCAUGUUUGGAGAAAAUAAAUGAAAUAAAAAAAAAAAAAAACGGAAAAGAGGAAUAUAUAUAUUUAUUUAAUUGAUGAUGAUGAUGACAGGUGACCAGAAACGGAGCAGUUCUUCGCCUUAGAUUAGGCACACGCAGAGAUAAAUAAAUAGAUAAGCGGCCGAGUCUGUCUGGGGUUAAAUAAUCGUGUAUAGAGCUGUAUUAUAUAUAUAUACCCCUCUACUUUCGGAGCACUUACACAAAUAUGCGUGCACACACGUCUAUCUGGUAGCGUCGUCGGCGUCGGGAGUGAAAAGGCGGUCGACCGCUUCAGCUGCUUUCACCGACGACGAGCCGCGCCAGGUGGAAUUAAAUUAAUGCCGCCAAUUGCGCUUUAACGUUCCAUUUCGUCGUCCGCGUGCCUAUUUUCUUUCUCUCUCUCUUUUUAUCCUCGUGAAAAAUGACGUUCGCCCCAUAAUCGAUAAUUAUCAUCGAGUACAUUCCUCGUUUCUCCGCUCGAACGAACCAGGUCAAUGUGUCGAUGUGAAAAGUCGAUUAUCGUCUCGCCACGAUUGGAAUCGUGAAUUUCACGUAUAGAUCCAAAUCGGCCGGUACGUAACGUUCGACCAAAUUGACAGUGACAACGAGAGAUUUCCUUUGGUAUUUUGAAGUUUGCGCACACCGCAAAGUGGUAACCUUCGGCGAAACCUCUCUCGUCAGUGUGUAAUGUUGAAUCAACCGCAAGACACUCGUUCUCGUGUAUAUUCAUUCUCUCGUCCGUGGAUAUAUAUAUCUAAUCUGUGAGUAUAGGAAAAAUCCCUUCACUAAUUCGGUCAACGCCGUCGCGAGAUAACCGAAUCGAUUCUACUGACAGAAGAUAUCAAGAAUCCCCGAUUUGUAUUUGAUUUCAUCCUCGUCUUCGACGACCUCGCUGUCGCAAUAAGACAUUAACCCGGCAUUAGGCGGAAUCGCUGAGGAAAUCAGCAUCUCUCAACGCCGCCGGUCUCUACAGCCGAGUAAAUACUUAAUCUAGACGCGAGUUGACCUUAGACGUGACCCCGAUACAAGAUACCACUCUCUGCGAUGCGCAGUACGCGAUUGUGAACUGUUUGUCGGUCGCACGUGGAGAUUCCGCUAGGAUGGAAACAGCGAGCAAGAUGUACAUCAGCACCAACGAGCCGCAGAACGGUCACGCGACCACCAAGUUCGCCUCGACCAACUCCAUCCCGGCGAUGAUGGAGCAGGAGUCGUCGUUGGCGAGGAUCCUGAACGCGGUCAGGCCGCGCGAGAACGCGGCGAUUCUGCGGGACUCGAACAAGAAUCGCCGACACAGCGUCCUCGAGGAUCUGAAGGCACGACGGGACAGCCUCUUUCAGAAGGCUCGUCGAGCCAGCGUGUUCGAAGACAGGGACAGUGCCAAGAGCGUCGUCAAGGACAACGCCAAGGACGCGAAAGACAAGCCGAAGGAGAAAAGAAGGAGCAGCGACAGCGGCAGGAGAAACUCGGUGUUCUACGUGUCCGAGGAUCUGCUGGAGGAGAAUCAGGAGCUACCGGGAAACGAGGAUUGCGAUCGCGCGAUUCAGGAAGCCAAGAAGGGUCGCCGCAAGUCCUGGCAUCCGCUUGUUAAACCGCCCAAGUUGGAUCGGAAGAGGAGGAAGGGCGUGUCCGGUGUUCCCUCGCAGACCGGAAGCACGGAAGGGCUUUACUCGCAAAGUUAUCCCAGGCAGAAGAGACCGUCCUGGUGGAACAUCUUUGUACCGGACUCGGUCGUCAGGUCCAGGCGAAUGUCCCAGGAUGUCACCACUUCGAAAUCAACGGAGAACCUUACAAUGUCUUAUUACAGGAGCAAGAGCCGUAGCGUGGAUCAUGGACUUUCGCCACCCUUCGAUUUGGAUUCUUUGCGGAACAAGGUCGAAGGACGCUUCGAAUCUGUGGAUAAACUCGCGAAAGAUUCCGAUAACGAGAGCAAAGAUGGUUCCACCACGCAGGAGAAGAAGCACGGUCGUGUCUCGCAGCCUAUCAACACUAUUGCUUACACAGUGGGCGACAGAGACACACUUACGUCGGUGGCGGCGCGAUUCGAUACGACGCCGUCCGAGCUGAGCAAAUUGAACAGGCUCGGAAGUACUUUCAUUUAUUCCGGUCAGCAAUUAUGGGUCCCGGCGAAAGGAGAAGGAUGCCCUGGAGGAGGAUCGACCACCGACGCGCCUAGUCCUGAUCCUUGCCACGAUCAUGAGUCCCAGGACGACUUGCCACCGGAAGAAAAAGAACUUUUGGACAAUCUAAGACCAGUGUCACCAAAACCAGGCCAUAUGGAACGUAUAAAGACACCUCUUGGAACUUCCAGUGGAACUGCGGAUGAAGAUGAGCAACCAUUUAGAGAAAGAUUUUUGAAAAUCAAUGUCAGGCAUAUCACAGAUGGCCAGGGUGUAGUUGGUGGUGUGUUGUUAGUUACGCCAAAUGCAGUGAUGUUUGAUCCUAAUGUAUCUGAUCCUCUUGUUAUUGAGCAUGGUGCUGAAUCUUAUGGAGUGAUUGCGCCGAUGGAGUUUGUAGUUAAUGCUGCAAUUUAUUAUGACAUUGCGCAUAUGAGGGUCUCCCAUACUGAGUCCAGCCAUUUGGAAAAACCUGAAAUUUAUUACAUGAAGAAACCCCAAGUAGAUAAUCGUAAAUGCCAAUCUCCAGGGAAGGAUGAGAAUUUUCCUGAAUUAGCGGGUGAUGAUAGUGAGAGUGUAUGUAGCUGUGCAGAGAGAGAUGGCGAUGCUUUUCCAAAGGCCUUUGAAAGAGAACUUGUAACUCCCACUAAUCUUCAAAGUGAGGAGAAUUCGACCAAAGAGAAAGAGAAAGAGAAAGAUAAUGAGAAAGAUAGUGACAAAGAAUUUUGCAGUGGUGGCCAAGCUAGUAGAACAUUAGAAGAACGCAGACGUUCCAUGCUUGAUCAUCACUGGGCAGUUCCUAGUAAAGAUCGAACAUUUUCUGUUGAUGACGAGCAACAAGAUUCAUUAAAUUCUGAUAAGACGGAACCAGCUAAAUCAAAUGCCAUUCCCGAAGACGAAGAAGGAUCUCUAGUCAAAUUGUCGUGCCAUGAUUCUGGUAUCGAUAUCCGUGAUCCUAAUCCACCAAUUCCGGUAGUUCAGCCUAUGCCAUCGAAAAAAGUGUACUCAGAUGCAGAUAUUGUUUUAUCCUCCGAUUGGGUCCCUCCGAUAACGAUAGCGCCAACGAAUGUUACAAGCACGUUAGAAACCGGUCCUACUACUAUUAAUGGUAGAAAGAAAGCCAGUUCGGUAUCUUUUAGCUUAGAGAGUAAUGCAGAGGAGCCCGAAAAGGAUGAAGAGCACAAGGAAGACGAUAAACAGGAAACUCGAAGGAACAAGAUGCUAAAACGUCUAUCAUAUCCAUUAUCCUGGAUGGAAGGUUUAACUGGAGAAAAGGAAGAUGAAAGCAGCAAAUCCAUCUCUGACAAGGUACCGAGCCUUCCGAACAGCGCUGAUUCCCAUCACUCUUCUGUUUUCAGCAAAGUUUUCUCAAGCUCGCCGAUCAACCUGGUGAGUGACUUUAGCUCCGGCCUGUUUGCUAAAACCCCCAGCGAAGAGAGUGGCGGUAGAGCGGGUGGAACUCCUCCGCUUACCGCCUCCUCUCUCUCCCAGGACUCCAGCAAUUUCUCACCUGGUCCAGGAGGCCUCAUCGGACGCUCUUCCGUAGGUACCUUUAUUCGACAGCAACCUUUAACAUCCUCCGGUAGCAGCAGCGUUGAUAGCAGUCGAGGUAGUAAAACUUCGACAAUGGCACCGCGAUUGGAUUACCGCAGUAUGGUCUCGGUCGAGGAUAUGCCAGAAUUAUUUGUGAGUUUCGACAAAUUGAUUCCACGGCCCGCACGUUCCUGCGAAGACCCACCGUUGUACCUGAGACUACGAACGGGAAGACCAAAGGAUAAGAAGAUUCCGCGAUCGACGCCAAUUAUGAGCUAUGGCAAAAAGAAACUGCGCCCCGAAUACUGGUUCAGCGUGCCACGCAACAGAGUGGACGAUCUGUAUAGGUUUAUUCACGCGUGGGUGCCGAAUCUCUACGGCGAACUGGAUGAGAAUUACUGGCGGGAACGCGGCUACAUUCUGUCAGAUACCGAUACGGACCUGUCACCGGAAUUGUCGCCCCAAGAAAGCGGCGAGGGCGCGGAUUCCACCGAAGAGAGCAAAACUCGCGAUGGACAAGGCGAUGACAUCACCGAAUUGACAAGGGAGUCCUGGGAGUUGAUCAAGGCCCCCUACGUAAAGCUGUACAGCAUCCUGAAGACUUCGAGCACGUCGGCCGAUUCCGAGCAGAUCCAGGAUUCGGAGGUACUGUCUAUGAGCGAGGAAGUGAGGCGAGUCCUCUACGCGAACAGUGCCAUCUCCUUAGACAACGAUGUCAUCGUGCCUGAUCUCAUCGGUACGACGGAAAUACUCAGCGAGGAGCACAGGGAACAGCUCUGUCGUCAUCUGCCCGCCAGGGCAGAGGGUUAUCAAUGGACUCUCGUCUUCAGCACCAGCCAGCAUGGCUUCAGUCUCAACAGCAUGUAUCGAAAAAUGGCAAAGAUCGAGAGUCCGAUCUUGUUAGUUAUCGAGGACACCGAAGGCAAUGUGUUCGGUGCAUUAACCUCGUGCGCCUUACACGUAAGCGAUCACUUUUAUGGCACCGGCGAGUCCCUUCUCUUCAGGUUUUCGCCAAAGUUCCAGUGUUUCAACUGGAGCGGCGACAAUCUAUACUUCAUCAAAGGCAACAACGAGAGCUUAGCAAUCGGUGCCGGAGAUGGCAAAUUCGGACUCUGGUUGGACGGUGACCUGUAUCAAGGCAGAACGCAGGCCUGCAGUACCUACGGCAACGAACCGUUAGCGCCGCGCGAAGACUUUGUCGUCAAGACACUGGAAUGUUGGGCAUUCAUAUAGGACACGGCCUCAUACCCUCAGCCUGUCGCUCCUUCGCCCUCACCGCAGCCUAAUUUAACCUGAACUCGUGAGUCUCACGAAGGUUUCGCUCCCCCUCCCCUUGUCUAGGAGAGAUUAGAGGAAGACUAAUGAUUCUAAGAGAUUGUCAGGCAAGUUAAAUCGUAUCGAUACCGAUAUGUUGCCACGAUACCGAUUACCUCGAUCGUCAUUUGGGAAACCCUCGCCCAAUGUUAGACAGGAUGAUGAUUCUCCCAGAAGAAAAGAAUGAAUCGUCAGUGUCGGCAUGAAGGGACAACGAUGACAUUACCUGAAGAUGGUGAAAUUGACGAGAAGCAGCCUCGAAAGGGAUGCGGACGGUAAAAAGAAAGAGGCUGUCAUCCGAAAUUAUAUGCGAUCGUAGCGCGUGCCAUUAACACGCGGACAUAGAUACACCACAUAGCUACUGAUUAUCGUUAAUUGUCCCUCACUCCUCUAUCUUUUUUAGUUGGCGUAUUUAUUCUAUUUUUUAUAUUCUAUUUGAAUGAUCUUCGCUCGUUAAUUUGAUUUUGUAAGUUGGCCGAGAGUCGAAGAAUUAUGAUUACUUUAUACUGAUAAUCGUUACUUCGAACUAGUCGUGAGUUUAUGACACCUCUAACGCCGAUAUAAAGAUAAUUAUGAUGAUAAAGAUGAUGGUGAUGAUGAUGGUGAUAAUUAAGCUGAUAAUGAU